UUCGAUACGAUCCAGAGAAACGACGCGGAACGCGGUGAUUCUCGGUGCCGCGACUUGCCGGCUUCGUCGAUGCGACCGGUUUCGUCAGCAUCGGUGCAAAUGCCACCGAUCUCGGUACGAUUCGAUAUCAAGAUCGACGGCGCGAUGAGAUAAUCGCAGGACUACUCUUCGUAUCCGAACACGAGCCUCGGCGACCCAGCCUUCUUCGGCCGUCCGUACUCAGUCCUCAGUGUAGGCUAGUCGGUCGCCGAUCGAGUCGGUCACACUGCCUCGCCUUAUCGCGUCGCCCUGGACGUUGGACACUCCCUCCGACUGCCCAAAGAUCCUUUGUUUCCUCGUUAAAUAAACUAUGGAAGUACUGGAACGGUCUCAAAAUUGAGGAGGACCUGUACCAGCUCGUUGCGCCUUCGUUCCACCUGACUAUCCAGUGACAGGGUCGCGCUUCUGACCGCAACGUCAGGGAAAUCAUCAUGACCUCUGCGUGCUCUGGAAACUGCACGGAGACUGGAUUUCUUCCGGAGACAAUCGUCAGGGAAACGUGGGUCCUGUGGAACCUGGUCGUUGAUCGUGUUGGAGUCGCGGAGUACCAGCCAUGGAUCUUCUCCCUCCUUGGUAGCGUCAUGGUAGGCCUCUCGGGGGUCUUUCCUAUGUUUGUUGUUUCUCUCGACGACAGCCAGGAUCUUAAACAUGGAGCCAAUGCUGGUACGCUGAAGAUGCUUUUGAGCUUUGCGGUUGGUAGCCUCUUAGCCGAUGUCUUUCUACAUUUACUACCCGAAGCCUGGGCUAACAAGACAUUGAACAAAGUGGAUCGAAAUGGACAUCGUUCGACGACGUGUGGACUGUGGGUUCUGACUGGCUUCCUGCUCUUUGUCAUCGCUGAGAAAAUCUUUACCGGAGAGCUCCAGAGAAACGAAGAUACAAAAGAGGAGGAAGACUCGGAGAAGAAAGCUUCUGACGAAGUGGACAACAACAACUGCCUAACCGCUAUCGAAAACGAUCUUAAAAGUCCGUUGAUGAAACUCCUGGCCGAAACGCGAUCAGUUAGCGACAUAAACGGAUCCAAGAAAACAAAACAGUGGGGUCCUAUCGGCGGUUACUCGCCCUACAUCUCCCGAGUCCGUUUUCUAGGAUGUGACAUCGGCCUCAGGACUAAUCGAAUUCCAAAGAAUCCGAAAGAGAUACUCGACCGUCUAGAUCCUAACCAAACGAAGAAAGAAAAGAAAAAGCCUAAGCAUGUAUCCGGGUAUCUCAACUUAAUGGCAAAUUGCAUCGAUAAUUUUACCCAUGGCCUAGCCGUAGGAGGAUCGUUCCUCGUCUCUUUCAGACUCGGGGCGUUCACGACGCUAGCCAUCUUGGUUCACGAAAUCCCACACGAGAUCGGAGAUUUUGCGAUUCUCUUGAAGAGCGGGUUCACGAGAUGGGACGCCGCCAGGGCGCAGCUUUUGACCGCAACCGGUGGGAUACUGGGGGCGCUCAUCGCCAUCUCGUGCUCCGGAGGCGGUGGCGUCGAGUCGAAAACCAGUUGGAUACUUCCAUUCACGGCAGGUGGAUUUCUGCACAUCGGUAUGGUUACGGUAUUACCGGAAUUGCUCCAGGAAUCGAAUCCCAGGGAAUCCUUGAAACAAUUUGCGGCACUCCUUGGAGGCAUCGUCUCAAUGGCCGUUCUGACCUGCAUCUGCGACUAAAAGCUAACGCUUUUUCCACGUGGAUCGAUCUUCCGGUGAAUCUAUGGAAUCUAUGCCGCCCGCGAUCGGCAUGUUACUCGCUAGCUCGGAAAAAAAGAGAUGACCUUUUCAACUUCCUUCGCUCUCCCCGAGAUGAAUCAUUUCUUGGCUCGAUUUCUUUUACAAAACAAAGGACAAGACGCAACGAAAGCGCAGCGAGCGUUCAAAGUAGACUUCCUUCGUCCUAAGCUUCACAGAAAUGAAUAUUUUUAUCCAUGUACAUAGAGUUAAGCGCGUGCUAAGGACAAGGUAAGUCGUGCAACUACUCUUGGAAAGGGCGACGCAUACCUGCUUACGAAGCGAAUUGCGCGAUAGAACACAUUUCAUUUUUCCUGUUGCCGCGAAUUACACGCGACGAGAAGACUGCUUUUGCCCUGGCGAAGUUCGUGACCACCCUUGCAUCUACCUUCUACGUACGUCGUCACGAUGGGACCACGAGCUCGGGCUCGCACCACUUAACAUCCAUUAGCGGAAGAACCUAAGUGGCUUUGUUUAUUUCGCGCGUGAAUAGUCGAGCCGACCCUGUCUAUGGCGUACAGGCAUGUUUUUUGAAAAACCGAAAAACGAUCGAUUCGUUAACGUAACCGUGGUACAAAUUCAUUACAUUUGGCGAAGUGAUUACGAGUUUCCAUUGUUCUACCUUCACCGACGAGUCGUUGUAGGAAACGUGUCCACGUCACGCGGUCCGUUCAAAAUUUAACGGUUUAUCACGAUCUAUUCUUGUACUUAAGAAAUUCUCUUUGCGAGCUCCCUUUCGUAUUUACCGAACUCAAAGUAUCGAAAAGGGUGUGUACCGUACGUUUGUAUAAUACAAAGUUGGUUUUUGUA